AGAUAAGACCGCCGUGCCGUCCACAUGGCCACGGGCAUCACAGCCGGAUUAGCAGACACCACAAACGCCAAAGCCUCGCAGCGGCUGCAAGCUCCGCCAUGGCUCACCCGUACCCACAUCGGGCCUGCCGCCACCAUCUCGCCCCGCGUCGCCGCUAAGCCGAAGCAGCGCCCCCCGAUCUGGCAUCCUGUGCCCACGCUUGGGCAACCGUCGCCGCCAGCCGUACCGCACGUGCCGCCGGACGACGCGCGGUUCAGCACCUACCCGUCGUGGUUCCGCGUCCGCAAGCAGGCCGCCCCAAAGGCGAGACGAGCAGGUCCCGCUGCCACCGGCUCCGUCCGGCCGGGCUUCACCCGGAGGAGAGCGCCGGCGACGGCGAGGCGAAGGUCGGAGUGGAGGGGGCCGAGAGAGACUCACCCAAAUGGCCAUGGAUGGACCAGGCCGCUGGAAUCAUUCGAACUUGCUGCGGCAACCAAUCGGUGUGAGAAGAAGAUCACCUAGCAGCGAAAUGAAGCCACCAGCGCCGCCGGUAAGCAGCGGCAGAGCAGCGCCCCCUCCUCCCACCUGAGGCCGCGCCGCUUCUGUACCAUCGCGAUGCCUAAUAUCUCCUUGCGGCGGGCCAUCUCCAAACAGCGGAUCCUGGCGGCGGGUGGAUUCGGGUGAGGACGUUGGUGCGGUGGGGAAGAUGGCCGGCGACAUGCCGGAACAUGGACGAAGAGGCGGCGGGAUAGGAAAGAAGGGGAGGGGAAAGUGGCCCGAUUAACAGCGGUUGGCCCCACAUCCCCAAUGGGCGAUUGUUUUCUUUUAGGGCUGUGUUUAUUUUUAUUGAGUGCGCCGAUUUGAAAUUCGGGUUAAAAUGAGAACCCAUAAUUAUAUUUAGUAAAUUCUCUCAUAAAACUUUAAGUUAUGAAAAAUUCACAUGUAAAUAUAGAUAAUUGUACAUUUAUGUAAUUUUUGUUAAUAGAUACAGGGAGUACUUUAACUUGCA